AUGGCUUUGAAGAGCCCCCAAAGCGGAAAUAGUACCGUGUGCCACUACUGGGGUUACUCGUUUCAUUGGACGGACCUCCACUCCCCUGCCGAUGACCUUAAGUCGUUGAAGUACAGCUGUGAUUCCCUAGCCGACGAAUGUGUAGAGCGUUUGAAAACAAUCCCAUCCCUUGAUGACGGCGCCGUUAAACGACCUUUCAAGAAGGACCUCUAUGGCUUAUUGAGGGACUAUGCGGAGGAGGAUCCAAAACUCAACAAGCUCUGGACUGAGAUCAAUACAGCUCCGGAGUGGGUUGACUGGGAUCAAAUCCAACGGGGCCAGGAUGCUUUUUUCCGAUAUGGCCUACCGAUUCUCAAUGUUCUCAGCUUUGAAAGCUUACUUGGUGGAAUGGGAGCAAUGCGAGUCGUCGAGACCCUUUCACGGACGGGCGGUUUCGGGGCGAAGGUAGUACAUCAACGAUUACUCGAGACACUUCAACAUGUACUUCAGAUAAAUGACUCAGCGGAGAGCAUGAAACCAGGCGGUGAUGGUCACAUCUCAUGUGUUCGUGUCCGACUACUUCAUUCGUCGGUCCGCAAGAGGAUCCUAAGUCUAGUUGACCAAAACCCUGAAUACUACGAUAUCGACAAGUACGGAAUACCGGUAAACGACCUCGACUGUAUUGGAACAAUCAACACAUUCUGCAGCGCGGUGUUAUGGCUCGGUCUUCCUAGACAGGGCAUCUACCCCAGCAAGCAAGAGACAGAUGACUAUAUAGCGCUGUGGAGGUUGGUUGCAUAUUAUAUGGGUACACCGACAGAUCCCUUUGCGAGCACAGAAAAGGCUCGUGUAAUGAUGGAGUCGCUUCUGAUUUCCGAGAUCGAUCCCACUGAGACUGGAAAAGUCCUAGCAAAGAACAUCAUUAUCGGCCUGGAGAAUACAGCGCCGACUUUCGCAUCCAAGGAAUUCAUGGAGGCAAUGACUCGACUACUCAAUGGAGAUCAACUGGCCGAUGAGCUUGAUAUCCCUCGGUCUAGUCUAUACUAUCGCAUGUUGAUCUGGGGAUAUUGUUUCUGGGUCAUGGCUGUUUCAUAUAUUGUGCCGAAGAUAUAUUUCGUCGACAGGAUGAUGAUUUCGCUCCGUCGAAGGUACUACUACAAACUCAUCCUUGAUGAGAAAAUGGGCCUCGGGGGGGAGUCGCGUUUCGAGUUCAAAUACGUGCCUAGUCUCACUCGCACCACUCGCCUGGGAAAGCGCCGAAGGACCAAUUUUGAGAGACCCGGCAUUGAAAGUCUAGCGCGUCUAGGUCUUCUCGCGGCUUUUACUGCAGCAGCAACUUUGGGUUUGGGAUUUAUCUUUGUGUGGAAGAUGUUUCCUUCCCAGUUCUUUAUGGUCCGAGCAUGA